UGAAAACAGAAACAGAGACAGAGAACAGGGAGGAUAAGAGGUUGUGUGUGUGGUGCAUUUAUUUGAGAGAAACCUCUGUGGCGAAGUGGAGUUGACGCCAUUUCAACUCUCACCACGGUCCUAUAUGCCCCAAACUUUACGCCAGCAUUGUUUUCCUCUCAAAUAGAAAUCUGAUAACCCGAGUAUUAUAUCACAUCUCCACCUCCCAGUAAAAGAAACUCAUGAGAGAGAGAGAGAGAUAGAAGGAUGCUCAUGUCAAAAUUGGCCAUCUUCCUCUUGGCAUGCUACUGCAACUGCUACUGCCAGUUUCUGCUUGCUUCUGCCCAAUCGUCGCCUGCCUUCUUGGCUUUCAAUGGAAGCUUCAAAUGGGAUGUUACAGGCGAAAGAGAAAUCCUCAAAAGUGAAUCAACCAACCCUGUUUUUGCGUGUGGCUUCAUCGAGGAUGGAACCUCUUACAACUUCUCCAUCUCCAUUUAUGCUGAUGAACCAUCAACCGCUAGGGUGGUGGUCUGGACUGCAAACACAGACAAGCCUCUGGAUGAUAACUCAGCCCUCAAGCUCGCUCAAGACGGUAACUUGGAGUUGGUGUAUGGAAAUGGUAGUGUUGCUUGGUCCACACGCACAUCCGGUAAGCCUGUAACAGCCAUGAAACUGGAAGAAACAGGAAAUUUGGUGCUCCUUGAUGCAGAGAACAGAACGCUAUGGCAGUCUUUCGAUCACCCUACGGACACUCUGGUUGCCGGUCAAAGGCUGCAGGAAGGUCAGAGACUUACAUCUUUUUCCAACUCCCCCAAAGCUUCAUACUUUGUUUUAGCGAAAGAUGGUGAUUUGAGAGCAUUCAUCGACGGUAAGCCGCCUCAGAUGUAUCUCCAAUUGAAGGAUUUCCGCAAGCUCGUAAGAGAGUGCAGAAACUAUACUACAAGCAGAUAUAAUAGUUACGCAAAGCUGCUUAAUGUCACAAGAGAGAACUGCAACAAAACAACGCCCCAGUUCUUGAUCAUAGCCUCGGUUUAUGGAAACACCACACAGCCGCCUCUCAUUAGAUCUCCCAACCAUUUCCUGAAGCUGGAGUCUGAUGGACGGCUGGUGGUCUAUGAUUGGAACGCUGAUGGGAGUGGAUGGAUGCUUCAAGAGUUUGGAAAUAACGACUCAAACCCAUGUCUAUAUCCUUUAAGAUGUGGCCGUUUUGGUGUUUGCAACAACGGAGACUGCAGUUGCCCGACCACUUCUAAAGGUGAAGACAAUUAUUUCAAGCACUCGAAUCCUCAACUUCCACAUAUGGGGUGUGAGGAAAUCGGUUCAGUCCCUUCCUGCAAGGAGCCUAACAACUGGAGCUUAGUGGAUUUUGGCAACUAUUCUUAUUUUGGUUAUGUAGACUCCAAUGCAGCAGCAGGUGAUAUAAUAAGUCUUGAUGCAUGUCGUAAAGCUUGCCUCUACAACUGCUCCUGUAAAGCUGCCUUUUUCAAUUAUCAGAAUGAUAAUAGUACAAGUAAGUGCUAUUUGUUAGGCGAGGUCUUCUCAAUCAGGGCAGAGACGUUAGAAGGAGGGACCUAUAUUUCUCGGGCAUUUUUCAAAGUAUCAAACUGGUCAGUACCUCAAGAUCAUCGAAAACAGGAUGAUCCCAAGGACGCCUUGUCCAUUAUUGGAAUUGCAAUGGGAUCUUCGGCAGUUGCCGUUUUUGUUGUGGGGACAAUUGUUUUUUUGGUCAUGAGGAAAAGGGAAGAAGAAGAUGAAGGGGAAGAUGAAUUGGACCAAGUUUCUGGAAUGGUGCCCAGGAGAUUUUCUUAUGAAGAAUUGAAGACCGCAACUGGGGAUUUUCAGACGAUUCUUGGCCAGGGAGGUUUUGGUUCUGUUUUUGAGGGAGUCCUGAAUGAUGGCACGCGCAUUGCAGUGAAGAGGCUGGACAACAUAGGGCAGGGGAUGAAGGAGUUUGUAGCAGAGGUUCAAACAAUUGGCAGCAUUCACCACAUGAAUCUGGUAAGGCUGGUGGGUUUCUGUGCUAGAAAAUCACACAGGCUCCUGGUCUAUGAGUACAUGUCCAAUGGCUCAUUGGACAAGUGGAUCUUCCAUGAAAAUGGGAACCCAAGUCUUGAUUGGAAAACUAGACAGAGCAUCAUAAUCGGCACCUCAAAAGGGUUGUGCUAUCUCCAUGAAGAGUGCAGUCACAGAAUUGCACACUUGGACGUCAAACCACAGAACAUACUUCUUGAUGAAAAUUACAGUGCUAAGCUUUCAGAUUUUGGUUUGUCUAAGCUAAUCAGCAGAGAUCAGAGUCAAGUGGUGACCACCAUGAGAGGAACACCUGGUUACCUCGCACCAGAGUGGUUGAGCGCAAGUAUCUCAGAGAAAGCCGAUGUCUACAGCUUCGGAGUAGUGGUCAUGGAAGUCGUUUGUGGAAGAAGGAACCUGGACCUUUCUCAGCCAGAAGGAAGCAGACACUUACUAAAACUGUUGUACUUGGCACAAGAGAACCAACUGUUGGAUCUUGUUGACAUGACGGAUGAAGAAAGGUCACGUGAUGGAGAAGAAGCAGUGAGAGUAAUGAGGAUUGCAAUGUGGUGCUUGCAGAAUGAUGACACCAGGAGGCCCCCAAUGUCUCAGGUGGUAAAGGCUUUGGAGGGAACCAUAGAACUGGAUGGCCACAUUGAGCUUGAUCCUUUCUAUGCAAUGGAGCGGCGAUCGUCUUCACAGACGCAGAGUGGAUCAGAAACUCAAAGUGACACCCAAUUCCUUCUACUUUCAGGCCCUAGGUAAAAGCUUGGCUUCACAUCCAUGGUCCUGAACACCAAUGUUCGACUAUCGUUUUGAAGUAAUUAGGACAAAUUAUGUUCUUCACGAACCAGCGGAGUUCUGCUUCUUUUAAUUGUCCUUCUGAAGAUAGUUGAUGACAGUUUUUUUUUUCCAAACUAUAUUGCUUUUUAUUGUUAAUUGCUGCGUAUUUAUGGACAAUUUAAAAAAGUAUUUAGAAUUAUACCCACCAA